AUGAAUACAAAAGCAAUUAGUGAAUAUGACAUGAUCAUUGUUGGCGCUGGUGUGGUAGGCUGUGCUGCUGCCAAGGCAUUUGGUGAAGAUGGGCGCAAGGUCUUGUUGCUUGAGCGUGAUUUGAGUGAACCUGAUAGAAUUGUUGGUGAACUGAUGCAACCUGGAGGCAUGCACGCUUUGAGAAAGCUCGGCAUGGAAGAUUGCGCAGAGAACAUUGAUGGUAUCAACUGUUUUGGUUACAGUGUGUAUCGCGAUGGUGAAAUUGUCGAACUUCCCUACAACAAGGAUCCUACUACUGGCAAGCAAGCUCGCGGCAUCGCUUUUCAUCAUGGUCGCUUCAUCCAAAACUUGAGAAAGUCUGCCACCAACACAAAGAAUGUCACUGUCAAGGAAAUGACAGUUUCUCGUCUCUUGACUGAAGAUAUAGGUGAAAAGGUAAUUGGUGUCGUUGCCAGUGUAAAGGACGGCCAAGAAGAAAAGAUUUAUGCUCCUCUGACUCUUGUUGCCGAUGGUAUCUUCUCCAAGUUCAGAAGAGAGUUCACUGAUCGUCAAACCAAUGUCAUGUCUCAUUUCGUCGGUUUCCUCAUCCAUGAUUUUGAAUUGCCUUACUCUCAAAAGGGUUUUGUUGCUAUUGCCAAGCCUUCUCCCAUUUUGAUGUAUCAAAUUGCUCCUCAUGAUACACGUGUCCUUGUUGAUGUUCCUGGAGAAUUGCCCAAGGUCUCUACUGGUGAACUCAAAAAGUACAUGGAAGAUGUUGUCUGUCCUCAGUUGCCAGCUAAUAUGAGAGAGAAGUUCAUGGAAGCCGUUCAAACUGAGCGUUUAAGACCUAUGCCCAGUGGUUUCCUUCCUCCUGCUAUCAACCAACGUGAUGGUACUAUUCUUUUGGGUGAUGCUUUGAAUGUGCGUUCUCCCUUGACCGGUGGUGGUAUGACCGUCGCACUAGAGGAUGUGCUUACCUGUCAUGAAUUGCUCUCCAAGAAGAAUAUUCCCUCCUUUACUGAUUCUGACUUGAUCAUUCAGGCCAUGGAUGCUUUCCACUGGAAGCGCAAGUCUUAUUCUGCCGUUAUUAAUGUAUUGGCCAUGUCUCUUUACUCUGUCUUUGCUGCUCAAACUUCAGAUAUGCUGGUCAUUCAAAAAGGUUGUUUUGAAUACUUCAAGUUGGGUGGUAACUGCAUUGCUGGUCCUGUCGACCUUUUGGCUGGCAUGAAUCACUCUCCUCUUGCUCUCAUCUACCACUUUUAUAGAGUUGCCAUUUAUGCUAUCUUUAUCAUGAUCAGAGAUGGUGGUAUUCUCGGCCUUCCUCAAUCUCUUUACAAGGCUUUCACCGUCUUCUUUACCGCAUGUGUCACCAUCUUGCCCUUCCUUUGGGGUGAACUCAAGGGCUAA